AUGGCGGGCCAGGGCGUCACCGCGUAUCUCGUCAUCCUCAUCGCAAUCUCGACUCUCGGGUCGCUGCAGUUUGGCUUCCACUUGGCCGAACUCAACGCUCCCCAAGAUGUCAUCACCUGCCACCGAAAGUCCAUCUCCGCAGCCCGGCUGCUCCUCAGGAGCUUCGUCACCUCCGUCCACGAAGCCCCCGUCGACGACUGCAUCCCCAUGGACGAGGCUGCCUUCGCCACCGUCUCCUCCGUCUUCACCAUCGGCGGCCUCAUCGGCGCCCUGGCCGCCGGCCCCUUCUCCUCUCGCCGCGGCCGCCUCCUCGCCAUGCGCGUGACGGCGCUGCUCUUCAUCGCCGGAUCCACCGUCGAGACCAUCGCCAGCAGCGUCUUCGUCAUGGCAUCGGGUCGGUUCCUGUCGGGUAUCGGAGCUGGCGCGUCGACGGUCAUUGUGCCGCUGUACAUUAGCGAAGUGUGCCCGCCGGAUCGACGGGGCUUCUUUGGCUUCAUGACGCAAAUUUCCAUCAACGUUGGCAUUCUCAUCACGCAGACGCUGGGCUUCUUCCUGAGCUACGGCAGCGCCUGGAGGUGGAACCUGGGCAUUGGAGCAUUCAUUGCCGCCGCGCAAGGAAUUGGCCUGUUGAUCGUCCCUGAGAGCCCGGCAUGGCUCGCCGCGCACGACGACGUCGCCGGCGCAAAGAAGACGCUCCAGAGGAUCCGCGGCGUGGCCGUCGACAUCAGAGAGGAGAGCGAAGUCUGGGGCCGUGACGGAUCCGCCUCUGGAGAGGAAGAGGGCCUUCUUGCUCAGAGCGCAGACGAGGUCCCCCCGCCCAAUGCCACCUCGGCCAAGAACGAGCCCGUCCACCUCGGCUUCCUGCAAGUUGCCAAGGAUCCCAGCACUCGGCCCGUCAUCAUUGCUCUGGUGGGCAUCAUGUUCGUGCAGCAGUUCUGCGGCAUCAACUCCGUCAUCAUGUACUCCGUCUCCCUCCUUGCCGACCUUUUGCCCAUCUCGUCUGCUCUCUUGAGCAUCCUGGUAUCGCUGGUCAACCUGGUGACAACCAUCGCAUGUUCCCCCCUGCCAGAUCGCCUGGGACGAAAGACAUGCCUCAUCGCAUCCGUCGUUGGCCAGGGCAGCAGCGCUCUUGUCCUGGCUCUGUCCAUUGUGUUCGGCUUCAAGAUCCUGUCAGCGUUGGCCGUGAUUGUCUUUGUCGGCUUUUUCGCCGUGGGCCUGGGCCCUGUUCCUUUUAUCCUGGCAUCAGAGCUCGUUGGCCAGGAGGCUGUGGGCGCGACUCAGAGCUGGUGCCUCGGAGCCAAUUACGUUGCGACCUUUUUGGUGGCUCAGUUCUUCCCCAUUGUCAACAAAGCUCUGAAUACCUGGCUGGGCGGUCAUGGCUGGGUGUACUUUAUCUUUGCUGGCUUGGCUGCUGUUUCCUUUGUAUUUGUGACUUGGUCCUUUAGAUCUCUGCGCUUCCAUGGAGCUACCGGUAACUAA